AUGGGGUGCUGCAGCAGCACGAUCGAUGCUCCGGACGAGAUCAUCCCAGAGCCGCAGGGCGUUCAGGCGCAGCACUUCUACUUCCAGCCCAAGGGCAAGGCCUUCAAGGUGCUCAAGGGCCGCGGUGAUCUGCAAGGAAACCCCGAAGAGUACCCUCUCUGGCUGCAAGUCAACAAGGACGGAUCAUGGAGGGAGUUCACCAGAUAUGCCCUGCGGACGUUCGAGCAAGUUCCGAGGGCGGACCUGCCCCCAUCCGCCGACCCCAAGAUGGAGUAUAAGCUGUUGCUGCGGGCGUUCAUGUACAAGCCGGAGGUGCACUUCUUCAACUAUCGCGACCCGUGCUACGACAGCGACGGCGAGAUGCACUUCGGCGACAUGCACGUGGACGAUCUGCACCACAAGUGCAAGUUUGUGUUGAAGAACCGCGCCGUCAUCAAGGGCCCGAAGAACAAGGCCGGCGCGGCGUGCCCGUUCUUCUACGGCUUCGAGGAGCAGGCCGGCAGCAACGAGCAGAACACCAUCUCCGAGAUGACCACGCUGGCGUACCUCGAGGUCAAGGCCAAGGGCCUCUGCUACCGCACGGACCGGCGCGAGGUGCACCGCGAUCCGAACGACGGCAGCGUGGACACCCGCAUCGUCCACGGCCCCGUGUACCACGAAAUGAAGACGUUCAAGUACAGGCUGUGGGUGGGCGGCAGCCCGCACGAGAACGGCGGGCAGGGCGCGGUCGAGACGCCCCUGGGCCUGCGCGGGGACCCGAACGCCGGGUACAGCCGCACGAAGAACGACUACCACCUGAUUUGGGAGUCGCCGAUGUUCGUCGCGGAGGUCGACAAGGGCCGCGGGUGGUUCGCCGGGGACUGCUCGGACGUGAUCACGCGCGACGGGCACGACCCGUGCUUGGCCGCGAUGAUCGCGCUGCUCGCGACGCAGCUCGGGGCGCCGAACGACGUGCGCGAGGCGACGCACCCGCCGUUCCCGGGCGAGAAGGGCGCGGGGAUGCAGGCGCGCGCCAUGGAGAAGUUCGACCACAUGAUCCCGGGGUGCCCGUCCGACCGGAUCGGCAACACGAACUUCAGCAUGCCGAACAGACCGCACUACUAA